UACCUAGCUACACUCCACACCGAAUGCCUCGUUAUCGCUCACUGUUCCCCUCUAAAGCCUGACCUCGUUCGCCAUGGAGUCGCACUUUAUUUCAAGAAUCACAUUGUGCUGCUUUGCUGUCCUAUUUGGCUUAACAGAUGCGGGACAAAUAUGUGGGUCGUGUAGCCUAAUUGUUGAACCACGUGACUGUGAUGUCGUAACCGAAUGUGGUGAUCACGAGGAGUGUCUUGUGGUUCAGUACCUUACACCAGCAGGUCUUAAGCGUUAUGAUAUUGGUUGUGAAUCAUCCUUCCGAUGUUAUGGAAUGGGAAAACGAUCCGAUAAUUCAACACUGGAUUUGAGUGGAGAAAAGAAGAGCCUAGACAACAAAAUCCCUUUGUGUAAAACGUGUUGUAACAGCACGAAGAUGUGUAAUACAAUAGACGGUCUAUGUAACUCAAAGCCGCUGAUGACCUAUGGAGCGCUGAUUUGUUAUAACUGUGAACAGAUGGAACAGCCGGAUCGAUGUGACAGAAUAAAACUGUGUGGUAUAGACAAUCAAUGUUAUAUCGGAAGGAAGCAGAAUGACCUCUCAGGACUACUACUAUGGGAAAGUAGAUGCGGCGAAAAUGCUACAGAAUGUAAAACAAUUACGGCAAAUAAUGCUCUAGCUAUAAUAGGCAAGAAAAGGCAAAUAGGCAAUCUGUGUACGUCAUGCUGUGCCAAUGACCGAUUGUGCAAUAACCAGUGUGGAGCGCAUACACAUGUUCAGCCUCAAACACAACAACCUACUCAGAAACCGACUACACAGAGGCCAACCCAUGCGCCUACCCAUCCCACGACACCUCGGCCGACCCAUGAGCCGACCCAUAAGCCCCAUACGACGACCCAUCGGCCUACGACACCGUCAACACAUACAACGCGAGCUACAACAACUCCAACACCACUUUCAAAGCCAGUGAUUACCUUUGUGACCAGACUACAUGACGUUAAGAAGGGAUCAUACGUACACCUCACCUGCAGGGCGACUGGUAAUCCAACUCCCUCCAUCGCAUGGAACUUCUUUGCCCUUGGUGAUGUUACACCAACUAAUGUCCGGGUGGCUAAUAAUGGUGCGGAUAUAUACAUCGAUUCCGUGACUGAUAUGAACUAUGGCCACUACGCGUGUAAGGCCCACAACUCAGAGGGAGACGAUACACGAUACAUUGAUAUUUUGGAGCAUGGCCCCAGUGGUCCAUAAUUAUGUGAAAUAACAUCUUCAAAAUAAAUAUUUUCGACUGAAAAUCAGUUUUCAUUCUUCAU